AGAUGUGCAUUGGCUAUUGGGAAAUUCCUCCAGUGGAGAGUAUAAAAUGACAUGAAACUGCAUGAACACUGCCCCUCUGGACUUCAGACUACUUAGUGUGUGAUCUGCCAAAGACUAUGGCCCCUGAAAUGAAUGCUGCUCUGGUCUCGAUGCUGCUGAUGGUGGCUGCUCUAAUGGACCCUGCUGUUGCAGCGCCUGUUGACCUCCCCACUGAAGCCCCCUCAGGAGAAGGGGGUGAGGGGGCCACAGACCUCCUGAGCGACAGCCCGGUGUGGAGGGCACUGCUCGAUGCCACUCAUCGACACAAACAAGAGUUUGACAAAGAAUUCAAAGGCUCAAUCGAAUAUCUACAUUUGGACAACUUCAACAUUGUCUCUUUUCCAGAGGACUGUCGUAACACAUCGAUAAACAUGGAGGGAUGCCUGAAGAGGCUUGUCCGUGGUCUGAUUGUUUAUCAAGUUCUUCUCAAACAUGUGGAGAGAGAGUACCCAGAGAGUGAAGGCCUGCCGAACAUUAAGUAUUUUUGCAACCUCUUGAUCAGUGCAGCACGUCAGAAGAUGAGAAAACCUGAUGCAGUCAAAACCCUGAGCAAAAAUCAAGAGGACAGUCUCCUGAAAGAAGUGGCUCACUCUGAUACUUUCCAUAGAAAAAUGUUUGCGCACAAUAUUCUAAGAAAGCUGCACGAGUUUCUCAGAGACACCCAAGUCAACAUCAAACGCAGAGAGAGGAGGCCUGGAUAUAGCAUUUUAAUAUGACCCUCAAAAUGAGAUGCAGAGUAUCCUUGUUAUGAAAUUUAUAUUUUUACAUCAAGAAGGUCAAAAUGAUCUGUAAUAGUUUUAAUUUAACAAUAUUUAUUUAAUAUUUGUGUUUAAUCCAUACUUUGUAAUACAGCUUUAUACGCAUAUUUAUUAUUUAAUUAAAUAAAAAGGAAAAAAGGAAAAAGGAAAAAAAAAUUGCAUUUAAUUAACAAUUUAUUAUUUAUUAUGGAGUGAGAGAAGGGGGGCAGGUAAAUAUUCUUUUGACAAAAUCUUAUUAGACACAAAUCACAAUAUUAAAUUGUUAAGCUAAAUUAAAGUACCCACAAUGUUGUAUGGCAAGUCAGAUGGAAGCUGAAUAUAACUACAGGUCAUAAAUCUACAUGAACAUUUGUGGAUUUCAAAUUUAGUUUCUAAUGUUUCUUUGAGUAUAAACGUCUUUGAUUCUCUCUAGCCCUCCAUAUUUGAACAGCAAAUUGCUUAAGGUUCACGAUUACAAUUUUGAUGUCUUAACAAAACAACUUAGACUAAAGAUCCUAUAUCAUCAAUAUUAACAAAUAAGAAUGAAUGGAAUGACGUCUUCCAAAAAGAAACAGUCCAAACACA